AUGCAAAUAAUUUUAUAUGUACUAAUGAUUCUCGGAUCUAUUACGGUGAUCUUCAGUCAUGUGACGUUCACCAAUCUAAAGUGCGGCACAAAGGACACUAAGUUUAGCAACUUUAAAAAAUGUUACAUCAAAGCUGUGAACCGUACUCAUAAGUACGUUGAUCUUUAUAUCAAUCUGUAUCAAAUACCAGUGGAUAAUGUCACAGUUAAAGUAAAGUUAAUGCGUCAUGAUCAUGGCUAUAAGCCAUUUUUCGUAGACAUUACCUUUGAUGGCUGUAAGUUCCUUAAGAAUCAGAAGCAUCCGAUUGCAAGAGCGUUUUAUGGAAUUUACAAGAAUAGUUCCAACAUCAAUCACACAUGUCCGUACAAUCACGACCUUAUUGUGGAUCAUUUGUGGACAGGAAAUAUUGAAGCCGAUAGAUUGAAAUACAUUCCUAUGAUAAAUGGCGAUUAUGCGAUAUACACCGAAUGGUCUGCAUAUAAUGUUGUUCGCGCAUUUAUAAAUUUGUACAUCAGAGUAACGGGAAGACAGAACUAA